UGUUGAAAGGGGAAUUUAUGUGAAGCCAUGAAGCUCUGGGACUCCAUGCUGAAGAAGGGUCUCAAUCCUGAUACAGUAGCAUAUAAUUUUUUGAUAUAUGGCUGCUGUGUCGCUGGAAAACUUGCCAAGGCUUUUGAAUUGCAUGAUGAAAUGAUGAGAAGGGGUAUGAAGCCAAAUUGGGCCACAUAUUAUGCUCUCAGUCAUGGAACUUGCUUAAAAGGUUCUGGGUUUCAUGAACCACGAGGAGAGCCUGAUGGAGAAAUUUAUAGAGGGGAUAAUCCAAAUUCAGCUACCAGAUCAAUAACCUGUUAAACCUGGGUGAUCGUAAAAUUAUACCAAAGAAGGGCAUGAUUGUAGGAUUCUUUGACAAUGAAACCGACUCUUAAGCUGCUGGGGUGGAAAUCUGGCAUGCUUCAAGUUUUCUCUUUUAUACUGAUUUCCCAUCUUACCUUUCUAAAGGCUUGAAUAUGAAGCCAUGAGAACUCAUCUACAAAGGGGCAGCCAACCGACAAUGUAGCCAUCAAGGAAGUUAGAUGCUUUUGAGGAGGGAGAAAAAAAUUUUGGUUGGAGUGAUCUCAUUAUCCAAAUGGAUGCCUUAAUAAAUAGACAUACAAACUGUUGGAAGAGAAGAUCUGGUGAUCUUAUAUACAAGGGGUAGAAAGAUUUGACACUCACGAUCCGGUUUUUGACCAAAUUUGCUCUUAUUGGGAUCAUCCAAAGGCCAGUUAACAAUUUUUUGUGAUCCCCAACACAAGAUACCUGUUUUCCGUGGAAGGUUUCCAUGUAAUCCAAGCAACAGAAAGAAUUCACUCCCGUCUCCUGACUUGUACAUACACACACAUGCACCAACACCGACAUUCUAUUAGAAACAACUGUUGUAUCUAAACCAUCCGUAACCCUGACAAGAAAAUAAGCUUAGCUUAACAAGUGACUCAUUAAUUUGCUGAGAUUGUUUUAUCAGUUGUAAUCUUCAAAUUCGUCACCACAGUUCCACAACCAUGGACAUAUUGCAGUAUGCCCCCAGACUCUAUGCCUUGCUUGCCCUCAAAUUUUUACAAUGAAUAAUGAUAAUGGCAUGCCACUAGCUUCAACCUAACUCCAGUAUCAAAUAAGCAACUUAAAUACCAAGAAAUGACUCCUAUCUCGUAGAUCUACAAAUUGACUUCCUCACAUGCUUGGUAAAAUUUAGCCAAAACAUUUGGGACUAUUGCCAUUGUAUAAAAUCCAGCCAUUUUCAAACACUAGCCACAUUGAAAGGAACACAAUUCAGUCUCAAAUUCAAUGAGAUAGAAACACAAUUCAACCUCAAAUUCAAAGAGAUGCACAAUAAAACAACUAGAAAGGUCACAAGAUCUACAGCAAAUUAACUACUCAUCCUUGGCUCCUAAGUGUCACCUGGCUUAAACCCAUAUCUUCGGUGGAAGUUCUGACCCUUUCCCUCACCCCAAGAGAACAGGUUUAGACAGGAAAGAAAGGAUGAAAUAAUUAAUCCAGCUGUCAGGAUGGCUAAAAAUACCUAAUCUCAUUCAACCUAUGAUUAGCUAACGAACAGAGAAGAAAAGCAAAGACAAGGAUGACAAUAGUCACAAAUCCAUGUUUCUGUAAACCAUGCCAAACAGCAAUCUGAAUAGUUAACAGCUUCCUCUCAUGGAAAAUUGGAAAGAUCGUGAAAAGGGUCAUACAUCCAUUACAAAGUUGGAAAAAUAAACCAAAAGGUGUAAUCCAGCGCCAGAUAAUGAUACACAGUAGCUUGUAAAUGAGACACUCUUUCUUAGGGUCCACACAAAAUGAAACUCAAAAUAAGCUCAAAUAAAACACUGAACUUGUACUAGAUGACGACAAUAUUAUAAUGUAAAAACUUGAACAACAAA